AUGAUCCUUUCACCCGUCCAACUCUCCCUCAGCCUAGGAACCUGCGCAGUUCUCUACGGUGUUAGCCUAGUCAUCUACAGACUUUUCUUCCACCCAUUGCGGAAGUAUCCAGGUCCGAAGUUCGCGGCGGCAACAAGGUGGUAUGAAUUCUACUUUGAUCUGGUAAAGGGGAUGGGUGGUCAGUUUGCGUGGGAAAUAGACCGGAUGCAUGAAGUGUAUGGUCCAAUUGUGAGAAUAAAUCCAGAUGAACUCCACGUGAGAGAUCCGGAGUGGAUAGAUGUUUUGUAUGCAGGGAACCCAACGCAUAGAGACAAAUACCCACCAUUUGCUGCAAUGACCGGAAACCCACAGGCUGCUUUCGGAACGGUGGAGCACAACAUCCACCGCAAACGAAAACUCGCCACAAGCCCAUUCUUCUCUAAGCGAUCUGUUGCGGACGCAGAACCUCUGCUUAGAAAACAAGCCGAGAAAUUAUGCCAGACUUUGAAAGAGUCAUACGCCAACAAUGAAGUUGUCAAGCUGCAUAUUCGCUAUUUGGGUUACACCACAGACUCAGUCUCGGAAUUUGCUUUUGCUAGGUCAGAUGGAUUGCAGGGUAAUGUUGACGGGUUGGAGGACUGGGCAGAGACGCUGAGGAUGGUUGGCGCUGUCUUUCCGCUUCUAAGACAGUUUCCGUGGAUGAUCAAAGUGGCGUUGAAAUUGCCGCUGUGGGUGUUCCAGUUGGCUGUUCCGGUGCUCUCUAGAUUUCUGGAGCUACAUAAGGAAAUGAAAAUCCAAGCGACCGCAUUCCUCGAGAACGAGAAGACACAUCCCACUCCAGCCGCAAUCAAGCGCACAGAGAGACCACCAACUGUCUUCCACGGUAUCUACCAAAAUAGUCUACCAGUUGAGGAGAAGAGUCUGAACCGCUUAUCCCAAGAAGGUCUCGUGAUGAUCGUGGCGGGAAGUGAGAGUACUUCUCGUACUCUGAUGUUAGCUACUUAUUACUUACUAACUACUCCUUAUGCGAUGGAGAGUUUGAAGAAAGAAUUGCUUCACGCAAUGCCAGACCCGUCUGUUGUUCCUCCGGUAAAGGUAUUGGAGAGCUUGCCUUGGCUGCACGCUGUUAUCAAGGAGACGUUUAGGACUUCGGCAGUGUUUACAACACGUUUUCCACUUACCACGCCUGAAACUUUGAAGUACAAAGAUUGGGUCAUUCCUCCUCAUACACCCGUGAGCAUGACGACCCGCUCAACAAUGCACGACCCCACCAUAUUCCCCUUCCCAGAGACCUUCCAGCCAGAACGCUGGCUCAACGGCGCACUCUCAAGAGAUGGUAGAGACCUGACACGCUAUUACCUUCCAUUCUCAAGAGGAACACGAAUCUGUCCCGGAAUCGAACUCGCUUACGCAGAGCUCUACAUGGCACUCGCGAUGAUAGUACGGCGCUUCGACUUGGAGCUCUUUGAUACGGAUUACGACCGUGAUAUCAAAAUUGUGAGAGAUUGCUUUUUGGGCGAGCCGAAGCCGGGGAGUCAGGGUGUGAAGGUUAGGGUUACGGCUGUGCAUUACUAG